UUCAAAAGAUCCAAUGUGAGUGGUGUGGUUACCCUUCUUGUUGACUCCCAACCAUUGUCCGUUUUUUGUCACAUGGGAAAUUUUGGGUGUGGAGAUGGAGGAUGGACGCCAGUCAUGAAAAUUGACGGCAGAGAGGUGCGCACUUUCAUUAAAUAAUUCAUCUGGUGCAUAAACUCGCUCUCUUUAAAAACUUUUCAAGUUAAAAAACGUGCCUGUCCACAUGUAGGCCUUUUGUUUUUCAUCGAGAAGGUAAUGCACGAAGAACAGACGUUGUUCAACGUAAAUUUUAAGACUUGUUGUGUGUAGUGACUGAAAAAAAAUGGCUUAACUAUCUUUAAAUAUUUGUCUCUGGUAUCAUGUAACAGCUAGAUAAGAAAUAUUAACCUUCGAGAUAAUAAUUCGGUUAAAAGCAGAUACACCACAGGAGGUCGACAGCAGAAAACCCAUCAAUUCGGAGAAAAAAAAUUAAAAAAUUAAUUCCUUCUCUAUUUCAGACCACCUUCCGUUAUCAUGCAGAUUAUUGGAGUAAUUACGAUGAAUUCAAUCUUCUCGGUGGAGAGACUGGAUUUGACGAACAAGAAUCAAAGCUACCCACCUAUUGGAACACAUCCUUCUCCAAGAUCUGCCUUGGAAUGAAGAUCAACCAACAGCUCAGAUUUAUUGUUAUCAACAAGCUGGCUGACUCUCUGCACUCAAUAAUUGCUGAUGGCCAAUACCGAUACACGUCGCUGGGUCGUGACGAGUGGAAAAAGUUGAUUGGCAGCGACGCCUCUUUACAGCACAACUGCAACAAAGGAGGAUUCAAUGCCUUUAGUGGUCAAAGUGAUCGUUCUAAAGUCAGAAUUGGCAUUAUUAGCAAUGGGCAGAAUGACUGCGACUCGUGCAACUCUUUGAUUGGAUUUGGUACAGGAAGUCACCCUAAUGACGCAAAAUCUUGUGGAAACGAGGCAAUCAAAAGUAAUUCAGAUAAUGGACGCAAGAGUAUCAAAGCCAUGGGGUACAUAUUGGUGCAAUAA